AUGCCCCAGUACAACGUUACCCUCAAGACCGAUGCUCCCCCUGAGGAGCUUGAGAAGGCCAAGCUGAGCGUGCAGCAGCAGGGUGGAACUAUCAAGCAUGAGUACAGUCUCAUUAAGGGCUUUGUUGUUGAAUACCCCGAAGACCACGUCAGCGUUCUCGAAUCUUCCGAGCAUAUUCAUGUCGAGCACGACUCCGAGGUGACAACCCAGUAA